CUGUUCAAACCGCGGAGAGAAAGAGGGAGAGAGCGAGUCAUACUUUCCAAAAACUCACCAUGUGUAAUUUGACUUCACUUGCACCAGCGACGGACUAAACUGCGUACGUCUCCGGAAUUUUCUUCUAUAAGGCCCAGUAGCAUUGCUUGCCAGGCUAAUAGACACACUGCUGGGGAACAAGACUAGUCCAGCUACAUUGUGAUGAAGUGGCUCCACGAUGGAACAACUAGCUGGGCUUGGCUCUGCCUCUCCUGUUGCCUCCUGAGUGCCUGGUGCCCGGUGGGGGCAGAGGUGGGACCCACGCCCGACCCUGAGUCAGGGGAGCCCAUGCAGGGAGAUUGGGAGUGGGGCUCCGGUUCCUUCAACCUCCAGGAUCUACUCCACAGCUUCCCCGCCGACAGCCCUUUUGUGACAGAGACUCCGGGGAAUCCUGUCAACUGCUCCCAGCGCUUCUGGCUGCCCUCUGCCUCCCCAGUCUGCUGGGACGACAUCGCCGGGCCGGAGGAGUUUGAGCAGUCUCGUCUGCUGGUGCUCCAGAAUAGGGCGGCCCUGCAGGCGGUGUCCCUGGCCAGCGAGGUGGUGGUAGAAGGGGGAACUUCAGCCUCGUUUAAACAGCAGGCCUUGGAGGACUUGCAGGUGGUGAGGGCGGACUACCUGAACGUGACAGAGACGACAGAGACCAUGCAGAAGGUGUUCCUCACACUGGAGGAGAAGAGGAAGGAGGGGACUGAGCACUGGACCUUCUCAAGUAUAAAGGAGCACAUUGCCAAAACAAAGGACUCCAUCAACGGAAAAGACAACGUGGCAGCCCUCCUAGAGAAACAGUUCUCUAGCCUAGAGAAGUCUUUACACAUCAUGCAACUCCGACUUGACAAACUAAUGGCACAGUGAAUGAUGUGUUCUUCAGGAUAUUUUUUUGUCAGCUUUUGAAUGAACUGUACCAUCAUGUAAUAUAUCCCACUAACAAUGCAUGCAAACUCAGGUUAAAAAACCCUUUACAAAACAUGAGGUGCACUUUCUUUGUAUAUGAACUAGGUAUUUUAUUCUUCCGUAGUCACAUUCCUAUUAGGUGUAUUUUAAUCCUAUCUGAAACCCAAACUGCAUGCAAAGCCUACAGCAUCAGGGAGAUUUUGAUGGAAAUAAAAUCUAUUUUUAUACUCCGCAUAUGCA